CCACCAUAACAACGGAUAACGGACGCUACGCCGCUAAUCACCUCAUCACCAAACAAGGAUAGAGACACGAGUGAAAGCAUCUAUCUUUGUCUGUGUUGUGAUCAUUCCCUCUCUAUAGAGAAGAUAGGGAACGCGCAGUCUAUUAUACGUCUACGCGCUCAAUACGUGCGCAGGUGCAAUGUAGUGUGGUGGGAUGGUGACCGUGAGAAGAAUUAUAUAUAUACAUACGUACACAUUACGUACAUAUCACAAUUUCAAGGCAUUGAGUGCUGCUGCGAUAUGAAGCGCACGAUGGAAGAAAAUAGUGAAACAACACCAACCUUUGUCAAGCAAGAAUCUAUCAACUUUGGAUAUGGUGCUUCUCCAUAUGUUAAUUAUUCAUCGUCGUCAUCCUGUCCUCCCACUGUUACUCAACCUUUACCGGGACAACCACCAUUGCCUCCUAUGCCACCACCAAGUGGAGUCCCACCUCUGCCUCAUAUAUUUGGACCGCUAUCUUCCCAAGUUACUCCCAUUCCAUGGACACAUGCACAUACAUGGCAAUGGAUGACACCGCAAACUUCUUUACCACCUCCAACUUCACGUGAAAUCACAAAUAGAUUUCAAAGAGACAUGCCUCUAAAGGGUAAUUAUGUACGUCGUGAACGGUUUCCUCACAAUAGAAACAAUGUACAUGCUCAGAGAAAUAACUUUCACCGUAAAAAUAGAAAGCCGGCGAGAUUUGAACAGACACAGGUCCAGUAUGAUCAAACUGCAUAUUUUGGCACACCAAUGACAAAUAAUCUUGCUUUGGAAUGGCAAGGAUACAAAACUACUACUUCAGGAAAAGAUGCGGUAAUAAAACACAUGACAGUUCCUCUACCUGCUCAUCCUAUAUCUCCUAUUCCACCAGGAAUUAUGAGCAACAGACGCAACGAGGAAAGGGAGAAUCAGGAUGUGGAAAUUGAGGAAGUUGUGGAAAAAAAGAAUAAACAGAAAAAACCAUGGAAUAAAGAGGAUGCAGAGAGAGCCCUGAAAACUGAAAACGAGUACAACAAAACGGUUACAGCGCAAAACUUGAUAAUUAAGUUUCCUGAUCCGGAUUUAAAUAAAGAUAUUGUCAAAUUGUUUCACCCUGGUAUACAAAAUAUACACUUUCAAAGUCCAAGCAAGCCGAGAUAUUGCUUCAUUCAAAUGGCAGACAGUGUGAACAUUGACGACGCUGUAAAAGAUUUGGAAAGAAUUCAAUUUGGUAUAGGACACUUAAAAGUCGAGAAGAAAUGUUUGAGAAAUGAGGAUAAUACGACGCCAGAAGAGAUAGAUCCUUAUGUUUUAUACAUAGGAAAUUUGCCCGAAAAUGUCACUCUAAAUGAAUUAAAAAGUAAAUUUCCAACCGCAGAAGUAGAAGUCAAGCACUCGAAAAAAAUGAGGAACACACGAUAUGCCACCAUAAGAUAUAAUACCGUAGACGAAUCGAUAGCGGCUUACAAACAAGCUCACGAUUUGACGUGGAAUUCGAAGAGCGUUAAUGUUAGAUUUAAACGAUACCAAGGCAGUACUUGUCUUCCUGGAGAACCAAAACCCAUUUCUAAUGUUAAGAACGUUAAAGAAGAAUCAAAUAAUAGUGCAAAUAAUACUGCACAAUCGAAAAAUGAACAGAAAACAAAUCAUAAUGAAGUUAAGUCCAAAAAACUCAAAGAAGGAAAUACCGACGAACAAAUCAAGAAGGAGAAUAAAAUUGCUUACGCAAGUAAAUUAUCGUCCAAUAAAGAUACAGAUAGCACAGAAGCGUGUUUGCAAACUACUUCGAAUGAAACUGAAGUACAAAGUAAACCAAUCUCGCAAACUGAUGAACAAGACUCUCCUUUAUCGCCGUUACCGCCAACUUCAAUUACGUCAGCUAAAACAAUACAUGAGCAACAACAACCUUGGACAUCACAGUCUCCUCAGAUACCUUCAGCAUCUGAAGCUCCACCACCAUGUCCGACUGAAGCAGGAGUUGCCGAGGAAACAAUGAUGCUUAGGGAAAUCAAAGAGGAACCUAUAGAUUAUGAGGAAAUGAAAAUGUGUAAUAUGCAAUCGGAAGAUGAUGACGAUGACGACGACGACGAUGACGAUGAUGACGACGACGACGACGAUGACGAUGACGACGACGAUGAUGACGACGACGACGAUGACGAUGACGAUGAUGACGAUGACAAUGACGUUGACGAUAAUAAUGAAGACGAUGACGAUGAUCAGAAGCUAGAUAAUCGUGAUGAAGAAGAUGAUAAAGAUGUCGACGAUAGUGGUAGUAUAGUGUUCGGUAAAAGACGACCGAAAGCAACACGUAAAAAUAAAGAACAGACUGAUCAUCUGGAUCAAAUGUUCAACGAUCUGGAUAAUAUGACAGACGAAAUCGGCUUUUUGAAAAAUUAAAAUUGAAAAGUUACAGAAGUACUGUGUAAACUGUGAAACUUUUUAGAAUUUGAGAGUGCGUUCUUGAGAAAGAGAAAGUAGUUUGCAGUAAAUAAGAAAAAAUAUUGCCGAAGUAACCUAAGUCAAAAGUGAACAAAGUCAAACGAUCUUCAAAUUAUUGACUUUAAGUAGCAAAUUUAUUUCUAAUCGAGAUUGGGCACACUUCUUGUCAUUUUAUUUGUUUAUUAGAUAACAGACAGGCCUAAAGAGAAUACAAUACAACAAACCGUCAGAUUUAAUCUCGUUAUCUUUAAAUCGUGACGUGAUAACAAAAUUCUCACGUCUCAGAUUUGAAUUCAAAAAACAAAAACGUUACUUGAGAAAAAAAUCACCUAUUUGUCUUCAAAAAGUCGUUCUCUCCCGAGCCCGUGUGUCUUUGUUUGAAUACUCGCUUAUAUAAUCCCAUCAUUGUCACGAACUUUAAUUUUAUAAUGUGUAAAUAUACGUAGUUUACGUGACACAAAUAAGAGACUGCAGGAUUUAUAUUUAAAUGAUAGUAGCAUGUAAGAAGUUACAGUUCGUAUGUAAGCAUUUUAUAAUUAUUGUUUGUUUUCAAUACAAUUGUGACUGAAAUGUCGAGCUUGAAUUAGAGAAAUGUA